AUGGCCGAAGCGCCCCAGGUGGUAGAGAUCGACCCGGACUUCGAGCCGCUACCGCGGCCGCGCUCGUGCACCUGGCCCUUGCCCAGGCCAGAGUUUAGCCAGUCCAACUCCGCCACCUCCAGUCCGGCGCCGUCGGGCGGCGCGGCAGCCAAUCUCGACGCCGCGACGGGCUUGCCCUCGGGCUCGGCGGCUGCUGUCAGCGCCGAUUUCAUGAACAACCUGAGCCUGUUGGAGGAGAGCGAGGAUUUCCCGCCGGCGCCCGGCUCCGUGGCUGCGGCUGCGGUGGCGGCGGCGCGCCGCAACGCGUGGGGCAACCUGUCCUACGCCGAUCUCAUCACCAAGGCCAUCGAGAGCUCGGCGGAGAAGCGGCUCACGCUGUCGCAGAUCUACGAGUGGAUGGUCAAGAGCGUGCCCUACUUCAAGGAUAAGGGCGACAGCAACAGCUCCGCGGGUUGGAAGAAUUCAAUCCGUCAUAAUCUGUCCCUACACAGCAAGUUCAUCCGUGUGCAGAAUGAAGGAACUGGAAAAAGUUCUUGGUGGAUGCUGAAUCCAGAGGGAGGCAAGAGUGGAAAAUCCCCCCGGAGAAGAGCCGCAUCCAUGGAUAACAACAGUAAAUUUGCAAAGAGCCGAGGCCGAGCAGCUAAGAAAAAAGCAUCCCUCCAAUCUGGCCAGGAGGGUGCUGGGGACAGCCCUGGCUCUCAGUUCUCUAAAUGGCCUUCGAGCCCUGGUUCUCACAGCAAUGAUGACUUUGAUAACUGGAGUACAUUUCGCCCUCGAACUAGCUCAAAUGCUAGCACUAUUAGUGGGAGACUUUCUCCAAUUAUGACCCAACAGGAUGAUCUUGGAGAUGGGGAUGUGCAUUCUAUGGUGUACCCACCUUCUGCUGCCAAGAUGGCAUCCACUCUGCCCAGCCUCUCUGAGAUAAGCAAUCCUGAAAACAUGGAAAACCUGUUAGAUAAUCUCAACCUCCUCUCCUCACCAACAUCAUUAACUGUUUCAACCCAGUCUUCUCCUGGCACCAUGAUGCAGCAGACACCAUGCUACUCAUUUGCACCUCCAAACACCAGUCUGAACUCACCCAGUCCAAACUACCAAAAAUACACUUACGGCCAAUCCAGCAUGAGCCCUUUGCCACAGAUGCCUAUACAAACACUGCAGGACAACAAAUCGGGUUAUGGAGGUAUGACUCAAUAUAACUGUGCACCGGGACUCCUGAAAGAGUUACUUACUUCUGACUCUCCUCCUCAUAAUGAUAUCAUGACACCAGUUGACCCUGGGGUAGCCCAAUCCAACAGCCGGGUCCUGGGCCAGAAUGUGAUGAUGGGCCCAAAUUCAGUCAUGCCAACCUAUGGCAGUCAGGCGUCUCAUAACAAAAUGAUGAAUCCCAGCUCCCAUACCCACCCUGGACAUGCUCAGCAAACAUCUGCAGUUAAUGGGCGUGCCUUGCCCCACACUGUAAAUGCCAUGCCUCACACUUCUGGUAUGAACCGCCUGACCCCAGGAAAGACACCAUUGCAAGUGCCUCUGCCUCACCCCAUGCAGAUGAGCACCCUAGGAGGCUAUUCCUCAGUGAGCAACUGCCACGGCUAUGGCAGAAUGGGCAUUCUCCACCAGGAGAAGCUCCCCAGUGACUUGGAUGGCAUGUUUAUUGAGCGCUUGGACUGUGACAUGGAGUCCAUCAUCCGGAAUGACCUCAUGGAUGGAGAUACUUUGGAUUUUAACUUUGACAAUGUGUUGCCCAACCAAAGUUUCCCACACAGUGUCAAGACGACAACUCAUAGCUGGGUCUCAGGCUAAGAGUUACUUAGCAAGCUACUCUUAAAAGUACUUCAGAUUGUCUGACAGCAGGAACUGAGAGAAGCAGUCCAAAGAUGUCCUUCACCCCUCCUUUUAGUUUUCUUGAUUAAAAAAAAAAACACAAAAAAGUGUUCCUUUUUUUUUUCCCCUCCUCUCAUCAGACUUGGCAAUGAAGACACUUUUCCUGUUCAGGAUGUUUGCCCAAUGUUUGCAGAUUAUGUGCUGCUGUAGAUAAGGACUGUGCCAUUGGAAAUUUCAUUAUGAUGAAGUGCCAAACUCACUACACCAUAUCAUUGCAGAACAGACUUUCGAAUUCUGGUGUCCUCUCAAUUUUGUAUAUAAGCAGUAGAUACAGAGUUGUAUUUGUGUAUGCUUUUGUUUCUUUGUUGUUUUUUUUUAAUAUCCAUUUAUUUGGUCCAAGGAAAGUUUAUACUCUUUUUGUAUACUGUGAUGGUCUCAUGCCCUUGAUAAGUUAAAUUUUUGUGUGUACUACCUGUGUUCUGCUGAACAGACGAAUCACAGAGAACUAAGAUCUCCAGUCUGCCACUUCCCGUGAACAGCUUUGGAUCUGUUCAUACUGCCACAUACUUUUAAAUGGAAAACAAGUAGCCUGUUAAUCAAUCUGCUGAGAUACUGGACUAGUCUAACUCUUUCUGGGGAUGGGGGGAGGGGGAAAGAUUACAUGCCAGCCUUGUACAGGUUUUUUCUAUUUCUUGUUUGUUUGUUUUGUUAUUUGCAAAUUUGUACAAACAUUUAAAUGGUUCUAGUCUCCCGAUGACUGAUUUUUGAUGUUACUGUUGGGACUUGAGAGAUCAUUUUUGAAAUUGAUAUUGAACUAUACUGACUUAAAACUAGAGUCUACUUUGUUACAUAUAAUAUAGUCUGCUUGUAAAUUUGUGGAAUCACAGAUAUUUGGAGACGCAUUCAUAAUUUCCAUUUUGUAAUUCUAACUGGAUUCGUUACUAAUUUUAUACAUGUUUAACUGGUUUGUAUACUUUGGGAUGCUACUUGGUGAUGUUUCUGAAUAAUCUUAAAAAUGUAUUUAGUAUUUGCAUAUUCAAUGUUUCUUGGCCCUUUCUUUGGCAAGAAAGUGAUGUAAACCUAUGGACACUAUGUUCCCGUGUAGGAGAGCUUUCUGUGGUUUUACAUGUGAAUAAGACUUCAUCGGCUUC